AUGAGUGGAAGCAAUAAUGGUUUGCAGAAAAAAGUGUCUGAUGCUUACCCAAAUGCUGUUUAUGUACAUUGCCGUUCUCAUGUUCUCAAUCUAGCACUUGCAGGCGCUUGCACAGGUAUUGAUAGUGUUCGGGAUUUGUUUGACAAUGUAGCCAAGAUCACAAGUUUUUUGGGAGAUGGUGCUAAAAGAAAGGAAAUGUUUAAACAGAAUGCAGCGACUGAGGCCAAUGACGAAUUAACAGCCUUAUUAACAGAGAGUGGUAAUGAUGACAACGAGGAGGAGGAGGAUGAAGAUGAAAACGACGAUGAUCAUGGCCUUCAUAAGUCAAAUAAGGCAAUCUUAAGAGGAGCAAAGAAGAAAACCGUUCCAAAGCUUUGUCCCACCAGAUGGAGUUCAAGGGUGGAAACCCUAUCUGCCUUGAUGGCCAAGUAUUCGUCGGUCAUGGAAACACUUGAGCAAAUCGCAGCCCAAAGCAAAGGGGAGCCGAGGCACAAUGCCCAAUCAUACAUUCGCCUAAUGGAAACUCCACAGUUUAUCGUAGCACUUGUUGUGGUUCAGUUCAUUCUGAGUUUUACAGCAGCAGUCACCAAAAUACUGCAGGCAAAAGAAUGCAAUCUUGGUGAUGCAUAUGAAGAAGUAAACGGAGCAAAAGAAUGCAUAAGAGCUUCGCGCGCAGAUGAUUCCUGGAUUAAACUGUGGGGAAAAAUUCAGUCGAUAGGAACAGCGCUUGGGAUUGAAAUAACUAAGCCACGAACUGCGGUAAAUCAACGCCACCGUCCAAAUGCUGGUAACGCCAACCAAACAAGUGAAGAUUAUUACAGAAUCAAUGUCUACUAUCCUUUUAUUGAUCGUGUUGUUGAAGAGAUUGAGACAAGAUUCAAAGUCCAGCACAAAGGAUUAAUUGCUGCUCAGUCUCUUGUGCCUGUAUACUUGGAUAGACUAACUGAUUUAAAUAAGAAAGAUUUGAAAGAGUUUUUUGGAAAGUACCUAACUUUCUGCGAAGAAAACAGACUUGAUUCAGAAAUUGUCAGGUGGAAACGAAAAUUCGCCGAUGUUCCUCUCAAGCAGAAGCCUAAAACUGCAUGCGACGCAGCAGUGAAAUGUGAUGCUACAUUUUAUCCAGUGAUCAAUAAAAUCUUGACAAUUUUUUUGACAAUUCCGGUUGGAAGUGUGUGCUGCGAAAGGUCGUUUUCAGCACUCAGACGCCUCAAACUGUGGACGCGAGCCUCGAUGAAUCAAGAACGUUUAAGUGGACUGGCAAUGCUCAUGAUUCAUCGAGACAGUCUGUGUAUCCCAAGGCCAGAAGAUGUGUAUGCGCGGAAAGCCAAUUGGCGCUUAUGA